ACAGAGCUGUGCAUGAGCAUGGUGGUGUGACUGUGAAGGUGUGUGAAGGUGUUUGUGUGAGACAGAGCUGGAGUCAGGACUUUUGAAUGAUGAAGGUGGAAAGAGAAAAGUGACAAAAGAAAAAAGAGAAAGUCCCACUGAUUCCCUACAGACACACACACACGCACGCACACAAACAACUACAAAUUACACAUCAACAUCAUUUCUAACUUGAUUUUUUUUUUUUUUUCAAAGUUCGUGUUUCUUCUGUUCUUCUUUCUUGACGUCAUCACUUUCACGUUGGAGGCAGACACCAGGUGUUGAGAAAACUUGCAAUGUUCCAACUACACAUAAACGGCUGAGCGUCAUGGACGUCGAAAUCGUGGAGUUUGUGGUCCCAAAGGAAAACGACAAAACUCUUUUCGUAUGGAACAUGCGGUCCAGUCUGAGUGAGAUCCAGAUCCACAACAACGUAUGGAGUGUCUUUUCAUCAUUUGGUCCUCUCUACUUGGUGAAGGUGACCUCCGACCUCGAGCUCCACCCUCCUGGCCACAUGGCUGUGGUGAAGUUUUACUCUGCUGUUCAGGCUGCAGAGGCGCAGCGCUGCACCCACGGCCAUCCACUGCUGCACAGCCCACAGCUGAAGGUGAAGCUCGGGUCCCAACAGGCGUCUCGCGUACAGUCUAUGAGUAACAGGCCCCUCAGCCCCGCCCACUGCAGAAAUCUAGCCAAUCACUACCUGGGCUUCAAUGGCUGGACCUCUGACAUCAUCACACUGAAAGAGCUUACUGACCAGGAUGGCGACCAAGAAGAGGGUGGAGUCAGUACGAGUAGGCUACGGAUUGGUUGCAUCCUGCAGUUGUCCUUCCCCAAACACAGUCAGACCACUAGAGGGGGUGCUGUAGUGGAGGAAUCCUUGAGUAGCACAGGUGCUGAAACGCUACCGCAGCUUCGUAGCCGGCUCCUGAAGCGGGUCACAGACAAAGCUCUAGGCCACGCCUUCGCCAACGUCCUGCUCAUCUUAUUAGGAAACGGAAAAUUGGCAGUGGAAAUGAAACAGUCAUCAGAUCAGUUCCAGCAGGAGCAGAUAGUGGGCGCUCUUCAGGUGAAUUGCUUUGAUCUUGACGAAGAGCAGAAUGAUGAUGAUGGCUGGGAUCUGACGGUACCGUAACUUCUGGGUCACGUGUGUCUGAACAUCACUGGCCUCCACAGCUCCGCUCAUCUAAUUCUUUCUUGUUGGUUUGUUAUCAAUAAAUGUUCUCUAUUUUUUUAA